ACUUGCUAGGCAGCACCCUCACAUCAGCUGACUGCGGUCGUUUGCCCUAAAUAUUAGAUCACACAACACUCUCUACACAAUCAGUACCUCUUCUCAAAUGUGUUAGUAGUCACAGAGGUUUCGCCAACAUGAAAUUCGUCUGUCUGCUGCUAGCUGCUGCCUUUGUGUGGACAUCCGACGCGGUUGUUCGGAUUCCCUUAAAGAAGUUUCGUUCCAUUAGACGGACACUGAGUGAUUCGGGGAGAGCCGUAGAGGAACUUGUGGCUGGUUCUGUACCUCUGAAAUACAACCAGGGCUUUCCGGCUAGUAAUGGUCCUACACCAGAAACUCUCAAAAACUACCUAGAUGCUCAGUACUAUGGAGAGAUCGGUCUUGGUACUCCAGUCCAGACCUUCACUGUGGUAUUUGACACAGGAUCCUCCAACCUGUGGGUUCCCUCAGUCCAUUGUUCCCUGACUGAUAUUGCCUGCUUGCUUCAUCAUAAGUACAAUGGUGGCAAGUCAAGCACCUAUGUGAAGAACGGGACUGAGUUUGCCAUACAGUAUGGAUCAGGAAGCUUGUCUGGGUAUCUCAGCCAGGAUACAUGCACGGUUGGUGAGAUUAAAGUUGAGAAGCAGAUUUUUGGAGAAGCUAUCAAACAGCCAGGUGUGGCCUUCAUCGCAGCCAAAUUUGACGGUAUUCUUGGCAUGGCCUAUCCUCGUAUCUCUGUGGACGGGGUUCCUCCCGUCUUUGAUAUGAUGAUGAGCCAGAAGAAAGUGGAGAAGAAUAUUUUCUCUUUUUACCUGAACAGAAACCCUGACACUCAACCUGGCGGUGAGCUGCUCCUCGGAGGCACAGACCCCAAAUAUUACACUGGAGACUUUAACUAUGUUGACCUCAGCAGACAGGCCUACUGGCAGAUUCACAUGGAUGGCAUGAACAUUGGCAGCGAGUUGACUCUGUGUAAAGGAGGAUGUGAAGCCAUCGUAGACACUGGAACAUCUCUGAUCACCGGUCCAGCCGCUGAGAUCAAAGCCCUGCAGAAGGCUAUUGGAGCGAUCCCUCUUAUUCAAGGAGAAUACAUGGUCGAUUGUAAGAAAGUGCCCACACUACCCACAGUCUCAUUUGUACUGGGUGGAAAGACUUACUCACUGACUGGAGAGCAGUACAUUCUCAAGGAAAGCCAGGCCGGACAUGAGAUCUGUUUGAGUGGAUUCAUGGGCCUGGAUAUCCCAGCCCCUGCCGGACCCUUGUGGAUUCUGGGCGAUGUGUUUAUCGGGCAAUACUACACUGUGUUUGAUAGGGAGAAUAACAGAGUGGGCUUUGCUAAGUCUGUUUAAGGCCGCAAGAGAUGUGUCAUUGGAGUAACAUGGAGACAUUAAUCAAUAUCAUCUCUGCUAAGGAGUAGUGGUAUGAUUGUGUUGUUUGCACUGCUUUUAGUUUUUAAAUGUUUUAAAGAGGCUUGUGGAGAGGAAAUGAUUCAGGGAAAUGUCAACAAGAUGACAGUUACACUCAUUUGCUUUGUAGCGGAAGCUUAUCUGAAUAUCUGUGAUCGUAACACAGGGUUUUAACAUUUUAUUUUGUAAUUUUACGUUUGACAUGUUUAAUUUUAGACACUACUACUUUUAAAGUUUUUGUUUUGUUGAAUGACCUUUCGAUGAUCAAACAAAUCAAAAGUGGACAAUAAACUUGUUUUAAACCCA